AUGGCCAAGAUAAAGCACGCCAAGCGUGGCAGCGCAUCGAGCACGCCGUACGAGCGACCAAGCGGUGGUGGUGGAGGUAGCGGUUCCAGCUCCAACAAGAACAACGUCUUCAAGUUCAACACCAACUUUGGCCAGCAUAUUCUCAAGAACCCCGGUGUCUCGGAUGCCAUUGUCGAGAAGGCCUUCCUCAAGCCGACGGAUACCGUUCUCGAAGUCGGUCCCGGUACUGGUAACCUGACAGUCCGUAUCCUGGAGCGCGCAAAGAAGUGCAUAUGUGUUGAGGUCGAUCCCCGAAUGGCGGCCGAAGUCACCAAGCGUGUGCAGGGAACGCCUGAGCAGAGGAAACUCGAGGUCUUGCUGGGCGAUGUCAUCAAGACUGAGCUCCCGCAGUUUGACGUUUGCAUAUCAAACACCCCCUAUCAAAUCUCCAGUCCCCUCGUCUUCAAGCUCCUCUCCCUUCCAAACCCUCCUCGUACCUCAGUUCUCAUGUUCCAGCGCGAAUUUGCCCUGCGCCUGACAGCCCGCCCCGGUGACGCCCUCUACUGCCGCCUCUCGGUCAACGCCCAGUUCUGGGCCAAGAUCACCCACAUCAUGAAGGUCGGCAAGAACAACUUCCGCCCCCCGCCGCAAGUCGAGUCCUCCGUUGUUCGUAUUGAGCCCAAGACGGGCAAGGACCGCCCCAACGUCAGCUGGGACGAGUGGGAUGGACUCCUGCGAGUGUGCUUCGUCCGCAAGAACAAGACUCUUCGCGCGAGUUGGCUCGGCACCAAGGAGGUACUGGCCAUGGUUGAGCGAAAUUACCGUACUUGGUGCGCCAUGAACGGCGUUCCCGUUGAUGACACCCUGGUGGAGGAUGGCCAGGACGACGAUAUGGACAUGGAGGAUGGUGACGCCGAGGAGGGCGGCAUGGACGUCGAUGAGGAUGAAGAUGCCCCCGAUUUCUUCAAGGAGAUGCAAAACUCAGCAACUGCCAAGACAAAGAGCAAGCGAAAGAAGACAAAGGUGGCCGAACUCGUCCGAGAGAAGAUCCGCAAGGUGCUCGAGGACGUGACCGAGCUGGCUGACAAGCGAUCCGGAAAGUGUGACGAAAACGACUUCCUCCGUCUCCUGUUUGCUUUCAACGAGGAGGGCAUCCACUUCUCUUGA